GUCAGGCUACCUGCUGUGAUCUUGAACGCAGCCCAGCUUGUCGCUAACGGGAGAUUAUCAAGAAAAGGAAACGAAAGUACAAAAUCUACUGAAUGUAUGGGCAACGAAGAGUCACCAAAGAAGUUGCUUGUUAUUGGAGUAUUCUUGAGAAAUGAAUUCUGAGCAAAGGCUAAAGAUUCAGUUGAAUUUCACCAAUCUGGUAGAUGGGCUGCUUGUGGAUGAAAUCACAGAUAACUUAUUUACUGAAAGUGUGAUUGAACAUGAUGACUUGCAGAGAGUUCAUGCGGAAAAAACAGACAGAGACAAAGCAAGUUGCUUGAUAAAUAUAUUGAUUACAAGUGGAAACUCUUUUGAACCUUUCUUAAAAGAAGUUGAGUCUUCUCGCCCUGAUUUGGCAGAAAAACUGAAACAGACAGAUGUUGAGGAAGAGCUGAGAAAAGAAAAAGAAGAGAGGAUCCAGUUUCUAUGCAAUGUUGUAAGAAAAAGAUACAGAUUUGUUGAGGAUAAAUCUGUACCAGAAGAAGAUAUGUUGAGGGAAAUCACACUUGAAUACUGGAAGACUAAGAAAAAACUUAGUGAACAAGAAAUUCAGCCCAGCUUGAUUGAAUGCAUCCAAAAGUUGUUCCCAAAAGCAAAGAGAAAAAAAGUAAAAAAGAAGAGUAAAAAAGUCUGGAAGUACUGCAACAUUGACAAAACAGAAUUAGAAACAUCUGAAGAGGAAGAAGAAAGCUGUACAGACACUGAAUCAAUCCAUGCAAAAGAUGAAUUUAUCUCUACAAAAGAUAAACUGGAGACCAGUGAGAAACAUAUUCCUCCAAAGCAAUUUAAAGAUUUGAAGACGCCUGAUAUGAAAUAUGUUUUGGCACCUUAUUUUGAAAAAGAUGAAAUAGAAAGUAGGUUUUUGGAGGUCUUUGAUCGAGAAAAAAUUGAUGGAAAAGUAUUUGCAGAUUGUGAUAUGGAUGACCUUGAUAGGUUGUUUAAAGAUAUGCCAUAUGGAGACAAAAAAAGACUUUUCAAUAUUAAAAAAUCCAUCUUAGAAGAAGAGUCAUCAGCAGGCCCGUUUCUUCAAAUUGCAGAAGCUUCUUGUCAGGGUAUCGAAGACACUAAAGUAAUGAAAAGAGAUUUAUCUGUAGGUCAGAAUGAAGGAGAUGAAUAUGACCCCGAGACAAAGUUUAAGGAAAUAUUUCGGACUUUUGAUACUUCAGCAAAAGCAGUCGAUGCUUACAGAAAACAUGCGGUUUUCAGAACAAGCAAUUUGUUCAUAUCAGAUUUGAUAGAACCAUUACAUUGUUUUCGACAUAGAAUUGAGCAAAACCAAACAAUACUAAUGAAAUGGAUUGCAGAGGAGACAGUUAAAUUUGCUGGUGCAUGUUUUUCGGAUCGCACAAAUGGAACAAUACACUUUGGAAUAUCAGAAAUUUGUGAUGCAGAUGGUCAUCUAGAGGGAAAAGUGGUUGGAUUGCAAAUAAACCAGUCAAGAUUUCUUGAUCUGUUUUAUGAAGAAAUUAAAGCAUCCUUUUACAAGGACCAGCUAAGCAUUGUGCUACAAUGUUUAAGACCACCUCAGUUUGUCAAAGUACACCACAAAGAGCUUACCAACGAACGUGAUAAACAACUGUUUGUAGUUGAAGUUGAUAUUGUACCAAAUUUCAGCUUGACAACUCAUGACACUUUCUACUUGAAGUUGAAAAAUGAGAAAAAUGAAAGUGUUCCAAGGAUUUACAAAUUUGAAAAAAAUGUUCCAAAGGUUUUGGUCGAUGAUGACUUGAAAGCUUACAUGGCAGCAAAAAUUAAAAUUGCAAACAACAGAAAAUACACAGAAAUAAGCUCAUUAUCGUCAAACGAGUAUGAAAAUUUGCGAGAACAAUUUCUCAAUUUCUAUACUGCCGGAAAUGACAAACUUACAAAUGAUAUAUAUCCCAUUCUCUUUCUCAGUCCAUUAGAUAGUGCAAUGAGUGAAGAUUUUGUUUCUGAAAAUUUUGCAUUCUUGCUUAAUAUAGAACCAUCUGCGAUAUUUGAUUUUCAUUCAAGCUUGGAUAAAAAAUGUUUGUACAACUUUGUUGAUGCAGAUCUAGAAAGAGUAGUAAAAGUGUAUACUACUGACAAUUUUGACAGAAGCAGUGAAGAAAAUGCUAACAGUUCUGACAAGCUAAACAAUGUUCUUGAAGAGUUGAGAACAAGUCAAUUGAAACCAUGGAUAUUUUGUAAUGGGUAUGAACCUCUGCAGAAACCACCAUUAAAUAGGCUGGAAUGGAAAAAGAAAAGAAGUGAAGGCUUUAAGGAAGUUACACGAUUUCUUCAACAAGAAAUUCCAAAUGAAAGAGCUCUUGUUAUAUUUCUCAUUUUUUCAAAAAACUAUGACAUCAUGCUUGAAGUAGCAGAAGAAGUAAUCCUUAAAUUUCAAAAUCAAUGGAUUGCAAUGUCAGAGAACGAAAAACUGAUAGAAAACUGGCGCGAUGAGCUACUGCGAAGAGACAGUGUUGACAAGAAAACUUUGAAAGAGAGAUGCAUUAUUGGAUUACCUUGGAGGCAUUUAAAUAACAUUGUAAAAGAAGUCAGCACAUCUUUGUCCAUGGCAUCAAAAUGUCAACUACCAACAUCGGCAGGUGCAUUUUGUUACUUAAAAGACAAAAUUAGGAAUGAAUUGUGUGAUCUAGAAAUUCUCAGUGUAAAUGAAUGCGAAAAUCAUGACAUUUGUAAGGAUGAUGAUAAACUUGAAAAGCACCGGCAGCUAGUAGAAGAAACGUUUUAUCGAGGAGGAGAAGUGACUUGGUGGAACCUACACUUUGAAGAUGAUCAUGUGUUGCUGCGAUCACAACAAGAAAGAAUCCAAGAAAGCAUUGAAAAGUUACUGAAACCCAAACAAAGAGUUGAUGACACUCGUGUUCCUUGUUUUAAACUAUUCCACCAACCAGGGGCCGGUGGAACCACUACAGCCCAUCAUACGCUGUGGCGUUUUAGAAAAAACAACAGAUGUGCAAUAGUAAGAAAAAUUACAGAUCAAACUUGUAAUCAGAUAGAGAGACUAAGAUGCUUUGAAGAUCUGGACAAUCCGAAGCCUCCGGUCAUUUUAAUUGAUAAUGGUGACGAAGAAAAGAUACAGGACUUAUGUUCUCGGCUUGAAUACAAAGCAAGAACAAGUGGCAAAAAUGAUUCGGGAACAAUUUAUUGCCUUUUAUUUCUUUGUGUGAGGCGAGCAAACCUUCCUUUGUUUGCCGACAGUAACACAGUUCAACUAAAGCAUGAAUUGUCCCAAAGAGAAUUGGAUUGGCUAAAAAGAAAAUACCAGUCAUUGAAUGAAAGGUUUAAGAACAACGAAGGGGUGAAUCCAAAACUCCUCAUAUCGUUUAACAUUUUGAAAGAAAAUUUUGACGCAAAGUACAUUGAACGUACAGUUAAAGAAUUUGUUGAUAGCAUUGACGUUGAUCAAGAGAUAAAACUCAUUAAAUAUUUGUCUCUGAUUAAUUCUUAUGAUAUUGACUUUCAAUCUGUACCACUGAGUGCAUUUGAUCCACUGAUGGCCGAAAGAAAAGACAAUGUCAUAAUUUCGAUGGGCAGUGUGACUGGGAUGCGAAAGAGGGCAUCAAACCUUCGAAGGAAUUGGGAACACACUUUACGUCAAUCAACAGAGGUACUAUUGAAUAGAAACGCUAGAGUUUUGACUGGUGGUCAAGCACUUUCCAUUAUUAGUAAACUGUUUGCAAAAGCUAUUUUAGACUACAUUGUUGGAAAGGAAAAUGUUUCAAUAGGUAAAGUGAUGAUUGAAUGUUUGUGUUGCCCAAUGUUCAUCGUAGAAAACGCAUCAACUAGAAUGUUAAAAAGAAUUAUACAAGACGUUUUGAAAAAACGAGAAUUUACUGCAGAUCAAAAGAAAGAAAUGUUUUCUCCUAUGAUAUUGGAAAUUGCAGAAAAAGAGGGGAAAGACAUAGCUGCCGAAGUUCUUGAAACUGGAUAUAAUAAAACAAAAGAUCCCAUGCUUGCACAACAGAUAGCUCGUUUUUACAUACAUGUUGCAAACUGGGGAAAGGCAGAACAUUACGCCAAAGAGGCAGUGAAAAGCAAACCCGAAAACUCGUAUCUUUGGGAUACGUAUGGACAGAUAUAUAAAAAGAGACUGACAGAAAGAUAUAAAAAUUGUAUAGCAAAUGAUACACCCCCAACUGACUCUGAAAUGAAAGACUUUAUCGAACUAGCCAUGAAAGGAAUGGCCAAUUUUACUAAAGAACAGACAGUAAGUGAAAACAGCAAUUUUGGACGGGAAAAUGAUGCAGGUUAUUUUGGAGAAGUACGUCUUAUUGUGCAACUUCUUGAUUUGCUGAAUCUUUGGUUUCCAGACGAAGAUAAAACGGAAUUGCAUGCAUACCUAGUAAACCUGGAUAACCCUGCCAUUUUCCAGCAUUUUUCAGAGGAAAGCCGAAGCUUUUUGAAAAAUCUUUAUUCUCGAUCAGAGAAGACGAUGCAAGUUAUAGAGGACAAACUUGCGCAGCUCAAAAAUGAAAGAGAGGGAGAAAUUUUUACUCAGAACGCAGGUUACAAUCCGCGUCAAGAACUUGUACAGCUGAGAGAAAACUUAGAUAACUAUCUAGGGGAGCAAACUAGCGAAAUACCUGAUAAUCUGUCACCUGAAGCAACAGCGUCCUUUAUUAGAAGAAGAAUCAAGCGCAUAGGUGGUAGAUCUUGUUCAAGUAUAUUAGACCUGAGAUCGUCCCCAGACGGAGAAAAUAGAUUAGACGAAAUGUCAUCAAAACUGAUGAAAAAUAUCGACUCCAGGUUUUCGAAUGCUUAUGAUUAUGUAACACUUAUAACAGUCACGCUUGUUAAACAAAUGACAAAUAAAACUUUUCCAGAAGAAGACUUCAGAAAUUUAGUUGAGUGGAGUAAGAUUGGUUAUGAAAUGACUCUUCGUCUCAGAGAGGAUGAACGACCACAACUAGAGGCGUUCAUGUACUUUGUAAUGAUCCACUGGCCAACCGAAAGUAAGAGAAAGUUUAAGUUAUGUCCUGUAGAGACUGUCGAAGAAGCUAUCAAAAGAUGGAAACAAGCAUUUUACAAAAUACACAGUAAACAAAAGGAUGAAGCUCAUUCUUUUCGUCGGAGAGUGACAACAUACUAUUUUCUGGGUAAAGGAAACAACUCGAAAGAGAUAGUCUAUUAUAAAGAUCUUAAAUGUAAACAGCCUAAUUUAGACGGAGAAGCUAUGUGGCGAUCAAAGCCUGUAAAAGACAAACUGCAACAAUUAAGAGGAACACUUCUUAGUGAUGGAUGGGAAAUCAUGUACCCAUUUGUCAGUAAGGCAGGAAAUACAUCUAGUAUCAAAGUUAUGAAUUCAUACCCAAGCCCAAAAAGUUUGUGGCAAAAAAGCGUCGUAUUUUAUCUUGGAUUUAGUUGGAGUGGACCAAAAGCAUAUAUCCAAAUAGACUUGACUCCAUCCGAGGGUGAGGAGCAAUCUUACAAACGGCCUGUGAUGUUAUGUAGUAACAUACAGCUAGAAGGACCUGUAUUGAAACAAGGAAAUUCAGGAAAGCAGAAAAAGACAGAUUGGCAAGAUGUAGCUACCCACGAAGCGUAUUUGCAAUCUCUGAGGAAAAUUAAUGCCGAAUUGAAAGAAAUUGAAAGUUUCAAAAAUAAAAAAAAAUAUACACAAAAACAGAGAGAGCAAAUCAAUAAAGAGAAGCGGUUACUGGAGGAACGAAAAGACUUGGUGCUUAGACGCUGUGAAUUUGUAGACCGCUCUAAUGUUGAGAACUCUUAGAUUAGAUUUUGAUCUAGUGACAGAUAUUUUUUAAUGCAUGUCAAAUUUGCUUCGUUUAUAUAUAAUGCAAAAUGACAUUGAUUUGGGUACAUGUAUCUGUUGAAGUGGGUUUCAUUAUUUAAUGUACUGCUAUACGUUGACCAGUAUCUUGUGUUUUAACAGUAAUCUAAAACAAUGUUUAUGGUAUCUAUCCUGAAACAUGUAAUACUGAAUAUCUCAUGAUGCCCUUUCUUAAUAUCAAAAAUUGUGUUGGUAUGCAUAAUAAAGCCUGAA